CUUUUAUUAGCUGUGUCGUGCCUCAUCUCCCUCUCUCUCUUUUCCUCCCUAACUUUCCUAUUCUCACUUUCUUUAUUUCUCUCUCACACUCUUAUUCAACUAGGAAGCUAUAUGGAGAAUCUUAGCUUUGACAAUAACAUCCUUAUUAAGAGUGGAGGCAUCAAGACGUUGGUGGAGGCAUUGAAGAACAACGCCACACCGACGGCUAUUGACCUGCGCAACAAUCCUAUCGGCGAUGAAGGUGCCAAGACAAUAGCAGAGAUAUUGAAGAGCAACGCGACACUGGUCUCCAUCGACCUGGAAAACACCUCUAUUGGCUCUGAAGGUGGCAAGGCAAUAGCAGAGGCAGUGAAGACCAACACCACACUGACGACUAUUAACUUGUUCAACAAUAAUAUUGGAUCUGAGGGUGGGAAGGCAAUAGCGGAGGCCUUGAAGACUAACACUACACUGACUACCAUUAAUCUGUUCAAUAACAACAUCGGGCCUGAAGGCGGCAAGGCGAUAGCAGAAGCAUUGACAAGCAACACCACGCUGACGGCCAUUUACCUGCGCAAAAAUAACCUUGGUUCUGAAGGCGGCAAGGCGAUUGCAAAGACAUUGAAAAGCAACGUGACACUAAACACCAUUCAUUUGGGUGAGAAUAGUAUCGAUAAUGAGGUUGGCAAGGCAAUUGCAGAAGCAUUGAAGAGCAAUACCACAUUGAUGACCAUUGACUUGUACAACAACGGAAUUGGCUCUGAAACUGGCAAAGCAAUAGCAGAAGCAUUGAAGAGCAACACUACCUUAACGACCAUUGACCUUGAUAGCACUUUUAUUGGGUCAGAAGGCGGCAAGGCGAUAGCGGAGGCACUGAAGUGCAACACCACUCUGACGACCAUUAACCUGUUCAACAAUGAUAUUGGCCCCGAAGGUGCCAAGGCAAUAGCGGAAGCAUUGAAGACCAACACCACAUUGAAGACAAUUGACCUGGGCAACAACCAUAUUGACGAUGAAAGUGUUAAAGCAAUGAUGGAACCAUUGAAAAGCAGCACUACACCGGCGACCAUUUAUCUCUAUAACAAUAACAUUGGCUCUGAAGGUGGCAAGGCUAUAGAAGAGGCAAUGAAUAGCAACCCCAAGAUGAUGAUCUAUUAUGGAAGAGUGUGAUUAAAGGCAAUAAAGUGCCACGGAGAAGGCAAGGCAAAGUCCUCCAUUCUUCUUCAGUAUGCCCCGCAUGUCACACACACUCUCAUAAUCUAAUCUAUAUAAGCCUGCUGUUGGCAGAUUUAUUAAAGGAAUAUCUUAUUUCUC